CAGAGCUAUUUGUGUGCAGAGACCAUGCUGCUGCAACAGGUUAUUUGGUCAGCAGUGCUGACAGUCACAAUUAGUUUGGCAACAAAUGCCACCUCUUUAAAAGGUGCCGAAAGACAUAAGAGAAAUGAGAUGUUGCACGAGCUCAGAAUAUUUGAUGAAACUGGGAUAAUCACAUCACGGUUGUCUGCAAUACUGAAUCAGCUGCCUUUGUCAUCUCUCUUCAGCAUGAAACCAAGCACAGCAAUUGAAACACGAGGUGAUCUGAUCUGUACAGCAUGCAAUACAGUGAUAGAUGUUCUGACAGAAUAUAUAGAAACUCAUUCACGAGAGGAAGUUUUAAAUCUUCUGUCUACAAUAUGCAUUCAGUUUGCAAAUUACAGUACCGAAGUAUGUCAUGGACUUAUUGACUUGAACUUGGAUACAGUAUUCUACAUAUUCAACAGAACCAAAAGCAUCAAUUCUAGACAAUUCUGUGGAAUCUUGCUGCAAGAAAAUGGCUGUUUUAAAGAUGAGCCUAGUCUUGAGUGGACUAUUGCUAUUCCAUCCAAACCAGAAGUUAACAGAACUGACAAUAAACGAGAAAAUACAGAAACUGCGGACGUUCUUACAAUCAUUCAACUGUCAGACAUCCACUAUGAACCAGAUUAUUUACCAGAUGGGAAUGCAGUAUGUAAAGCACCAAUGUGUUGUAGAAGUGAUCAAGGACCAGUAGAAGAUCUUGGUGCAAGAGCUGGUUACUGGGGUGACUAUAGGAGUUGUGAUACACCAUGGAAUACUUUUAGUGAUACAGUGCAACAAAUUAAGAGAACCCAUCAGAAAAUUGAUUAUAUAUACAUGACUGGAGAUAUCGUGGAUCAUGCAAUAUGGGAUACAGGUAUUGAAAAGAAUUCAGAUGUAAUAGAAAAAGUUCUGAAAAAACUGAAAGCAGAUUUUCCAGAUACACCUAUAUAUCCAAUUCUGGGAAACCAUGAGCCAAGUCCAUUGAACUUGUUUGCACCACAUGACAUUAUUGAUGAGAAUAUUUCCACAAAAUGGUUAUAUGAACUGUCAGAAAAACUGUGGUCUAUAUGGCUCCCUCCAGAAACUAGUAAAACUAUCUUACAAGGAGGGUUCUAUACUGUGCUGCCUAAACCUGGAUUCCGAAUUAUAGCUCUCAACAGUAAUGUCUGCUUCGUCUAUAACUGGUGGUUGAUCUACGACACAAAGGACCAAGAUGGACAGCUUCAGUGGCUAGCUGACACAUUGCUCCAGGCUGAAAGUGCUGGAGAAAAAGUUCACAUUCUUGGGCAUGUCCCUUCAGGGAAUUCACAGUGUUUCAGAACUUGGAGCAGAGAAUUCCACAAGAUCAUUGAAAGGUUUGAGAACACAGUAACAGCUAUAUUCAACGGUCACACUCAUAAUGAUCAAUUUCAUGUCUAUUAUGCUAUGGAAGAACCAACUCGUCCUAUCAGUGUGGCAGUUAAUGGUGGAAGUGUAACCCAAUACAGUGAUCUCAACUCUAAUUAUAAGCUCUACAGCGUGGAUUCUGCUACUUAUCAUAUUCUAGAUGCUGAAAGUUGGAGCUUCAAUCUGACUGAAGCUAACACAAAUUCAAGUCUGAAUCCAACCUGGUUUAAAUUAUAUUCAUUCAAAGAAGAGUAUGGAGUGGAGUCUCUGAACGCUACAGAACUGGACACACUUACUCAUAAAUUGGCAGGAAAUAAAAGUCUUCUGCAGAUAUACUCAAGGCAUUAUAACAAAGAUGAAGGAAGUGAAUGUGGAAACGACUGUCUAAAAUCGAGACUCUGUUCUACAGCAGUGACACAGACAGGAGAUUAUACUCAGUGUGAUAUACUGCUGCAAGAAUUUUAUAAUCAGACCAAUAGUGAACAAGUUCAUUACCAAAUCAGUAAUCAGUUGCUGGCAUAGUCUAGUUUCCUGCUAACACAUCCCAUACAUUCAAAAACUAACACAUCUGUAAUAAUCUGUAAUAACCACUUUCUACACUGCUGUACCCUAACUUGAAAUUUCAGUUGAUGAAUUCUAGGUAACUCAUCCUCUUUGUACAGUUAGAACGAUAAAAAAGAUUUCCUGCAGAAACAAAUGAACCAAUGAGCCAAUGGCUUGAUAAAACUGAUCUUCAUAUUGCAUAUAAUGCUAACUCCUCAGGCAAAAUUUAAAGGGUAUAACCAGAUGGCCUUGGUAGCUAUAUUUAAAUUGUCAAACAGGUAAUAAUACCUGGAAAGAUUAAUGAGUAAGGGUCGCUGGGGCAGCUCCAUUGUCUUGUGUUUCAUCAUGAGCCAUGGUUGUUGUGGUUUUGUAGUUGCUAUUGUACAGAAUCGAUUUGUGCCAAGCUGAAACACCUUUUAAUCAGCUAAGGUUCAAUGGAAGUCACAAGCUAUUCUAUCAUUUUGAGUGAUUAUAUGUAAGGUCUAUAUGUAACAUUUUAUUCAAGAGUUCCAUCCAGACAAAUAAUAGUUAACACUGUAGUCUAAGCCCAAAAUAAAAUCACAAAGAACAUUUUGAACAGAAGAUAUCUCAGAACUACUUCAUGCAUGACAGUUAAGUAGACACUAGAAUCAAGGCAUGGAAAACUUCAUCCAAUUUCUCAUCUCAGAUAUUGGAAGGAGCUGAAUGCAGUAUGAAUAAGAGGCUGAAACCAAUGUGGUUUAUUUUAAUCUAGGUUACAGUAACAUGAAAUUACCCAAGUAGGAUAAUUUUUAUAUGGCUCAGAAUAUUUACAGCAAUAAGACAUCACAUUGGUUUACAUAUAUUAAAUUCAGUAGCAAUUUCCUUCAUACAACCACAUAUUUAAAUAUCUUAUCAUUGCAAUAUCAAUCACUCUCUGAACUUCACUGCCUAACAAUGGAAAAGCAUGAUAUUGAAAUCAGGCAUAGUGCAUUUUGUAUUCAAGUUCCUUGAAUCUAUUCCUGUUCAACAAAUAAAUAUAGAGGUCAAGGAUAUCAACCACUUUAAAGCUUUAAGAACUAGUUAUGAAGCAUUAUUAUUUAUAAAAUUACUUAUGCGAGCAAUUCCUGAAGAACACUUGACCAUCGGAUUAUUUGAGACCAGACAUUUUAACAGCAACUUUAAUUUCCCCUAGCACAGUGACUUAAGGAGACACAUGUGUUGUUACAAGUGAUAGAUUCAGUUCUGAUUAAUGUUACUGCCUUUAGUUCAUUUUAUAUUUAUAGCCACACAGUUCUCUUGGUAAAGGCUUUUUAACUAACUAAUGGAGCUGAGUAAUUCUUGAGAAGCUGCUAGUCACUCAGCUACUGAAGAGUUUCCCAAAAAUUGUUUUCAUCACCAUAUGCAGGAUGGAAACUAAAGCCUUAAGAUGUAGCACUCACAAGUAACUAACAAAGCUAACAAGUAGCUAACAAAGGUAUAAUAUAUUAAAUGCACGUCAGUGUUGUUAAGAUUGUGAUUAUUAGUUGUUCUGGAACAUGAUUGACUGCUGAUGGCUUAAAACUGUACAUGCAGCUAAUGAUGGUAUAAAUGGGAGAGUACUGCUGAAAAUGUGUGAGAAAUAGAAUUAAAUAAUCAUAUAAGAAAUGCCAUGUCUUAACAAUAUCUAUUUAUCUCUUUGGUAUCUGUAUCUUGACUCUGUAAUCCAAUAUAUAUCUUAGUAUUACAACUUUUUCAUACCUGAUCCUAACCUAUAAACAGUGUUUGGAGAUAUGAAUUUCCAGAUUAGUGGAAGCAAAAUGAUUAUAUACAGAAAUUCUUAAAUUCAAAUAUUUAGGAAACAUAAUUUCAGAAUUUAACAAGGACAUAUAAUAUAAAUUACAAAUAUUUAAUACAGUGAAUGGCAAAACAAAAAAAAUUUUAACACAGAAGUGGCAACUCAGAUUAAAUUAUGAAUACUUUGACAUGGAAGUGGGAUGUGGGUUUUGAAAAGAGACAAUUAGUAUUGGGAGGCAGCACAGACAAAACACCAAUGAACCAUAUCAGGACUGGGCAACCAAAGGAAUACAGAUAUAAGAGAAAUGCUGAAAUAAUAUGCAGGGCCCUCUCCUGAUACAGAAGAACCCAGUCAUGUCCUCAACCCCCAUUUGAAGAAACAUAUAUUAUCCUUGCAUCUAUGCCUAACUUUCCAAAGAGGUCUCUCCCUUCAGGGUAAAAGGUAAAAGGUAAAGUUGUCACUGUGCUUAAUUAAUUAAGCACUAUGCAAUGAACACAUAUGGGGGUGGAGGCAUAGUUGCACCAUUCUUGACCUUGGCACUAGAUGUAGGUGAGUGAUCGGCUUCACCCCCCGGGGAAAAAGCCACCAGUGCAAACUGGCUAGCAGACUGGGUGGGCCACAGUGCCAGUUUGGAUGCUGUGAGGAAGAUAGUAUUCUUACAAUGCAGGGAAUCAAACCCGGGCCAUACAAUACAACAAAGUAUGAUUUGGAAAUCUGAUCUUCCUUAAAAAGUUAUCAAUAAAAAAAUUACAUACAUACUUUGAUGUUUAUUUUCUAAUUUUAUAAUGUUACAGUGAUAAUGAUUUUAUUUGGUGUUUUUGCCCAAAAUUCUGCAUGAAUUUCUUACCUCUCCAACAUAUGCUAAUGCGCUGGCCAUGUCAUCCUCCUUGAUUUGAUCAUUCUAAUAAUAUAUGGCGAGGAGUACAAGUUAUGAACCUCAUAUGCACUUUUCCCGUGCUCAUUUUAUUUCCUCCUUCAUUCACACAUUCAUGGACCUGAGCCCUUUUUGAGAAGCUGCCAAUUAUGCAGCUACUCAAGAACUUCCCAGCAUUUU